UAGCAUGGUCACUCAGUUAUUAGCACAAGCAUUUUGGACAGACUAGUUUUAGGAAAGGCCUUCAACAUAUCAGGGUGCGUUCAGCUCCUGACGGAUUAUGGAAUCAUGAUUGCGGAGGAUCAAGGGGAAGAAUAUGAUGAAGUAUUCAACCAGAGCGAGACGAGCUGGACAUGGAGUCAGACCAUGAACUACGUGGGUCAGCUUGCCGGUCAGGUAUUCGUGCAGGUGAAGGAGCUGUACAGAGGCCUGAACCCUGCCACCCUGUCCGGCUGUAUUGAUGUCAUUGUGGUGCGUCAGUCCGAUGGCUCAUUGCAGUGCUCCCCUUUCCAUGUUCGAUUUGGAAAGAUGGGUGUGCUGCGCUCCCGGGAGAAAGUGGUUGACAUUGAGAUAAAUGGGGAGCCGGUCAGUUUACACAUGAAACUUGGUGAGAAUGGCGAGGCAUUCUUUGUUGAAGAAACAGAAAAUGAUGAGGAGAUGGUGCCAUCCCACUUGGCUACAUCGCCUAUAAUUUCAGAAGGCUCUGCGCUGAUGCAGGCCCAGAUGGGAAAAGGCACAACCCGACUGUCUGAAUCUGGAACCGGAAACACCUUUGAAACGCUGGGCCCCGGUCAGGCCUCUGGUGACAGCUCAAUGAUGAAGAAAAGGAGGAAGAAGAGGAGGAAAUAUAAAGUGGACAGCAUGAAGCGAGAGGACACCGAAGACUUUUCAGAAGAUGAGGACAUGUUUACAAUAGACUUGAGUUCUGAAGAUGACCUGGAAGCUAGAGGAAGCAGAGCAAUGUCACACGAGCUGUUUGCUGAGCAGGUGAAAGGAAGCUCCAGUAGCACCGCAUACAGAACGUCAGAAGAGAACUGGAUUGGGGUUCAGAGAACAGGGUAUGAGAAGUCCUGCUCUUUAACCAUACGCAAUAAAACAGGAUUAUCCAUCUCCUGUCCUCAACAAACAGCCAUGUUCCGAUCCACAAAUAGCAGUCCAAAUGGCUCUUUGCCUUCUACACCCAAGAGUGACUCAGAAGUGAUAAAGGCCAAAGGGAAACCAGACAACCCUGAGAUGUUGUGGACAUGGGGAGAGCUCCCCCAUGCUGCUAAGCCGUCAUUUCUACAAGACAUGCAAGGGCAUGUGGUGGUGGCACCAGGGUCAAUCCCACCAUCUGACAGCACACACUUCAGAUCCAUCACUAGGGAUGGGAUGAUGGAGUCUCAGGACAAUGUUCAUCAUGUGUAUGUACCAGAUCUCAGGGCUGAAGGGGCAGCGUGUGCACCUGCUUGUGAGGUAGAGGCUUUCAGCACAGCCGCCCAUCUUAUCACAGACCUAGAGGAGGGCCAUCACAGUCCUGGAGCUCAUGCCAUAAGCAAGACUGACUCUCCAUCCAAAAGAAAAGACAAAAGGAGCCGUCACUUGGGAUCAGAUGGAGUGUACCUGGAUGACAUCACAGAGCUAGAACCUGAGGUGGCAGCCCUUUACUUUCCAAAAAGUGACGGAGCAGCUGUAUUGAAGGGCGGGACAGAUCAAAGAAGUGCCAAUCAAUCUCCUCAGUCAGUGGGCAGCAGUGGUAUGGAUAGCGGAGUUGACAGCUUUUCUGAUCAAUUAGCUGACCUGCCUCAUAUCGCCAUCUCUGUUUGUGGAGGUCUAUCUGAGAACAGAGAGAUCACUAGAGAGGAAUUUGAGGAACGUGCAAUAUCUUAUCAGGAGUUUGCUGAUAAUCCAUCUAUUAUUGAUGAUCCCAACCUGGUUGUAAAGAUCGGAACCAAGUAUUAUAACUGGACUACAGCUGCUCCUAUUGUACUGGCCAUGCAGGUUUUCCAAAAGCCCUUGCCAAAGGCCACGGUGGAGAACAUCAUGAAGGAGAAGAUGCCAAAGAAAGGAGGACGCUGGUGGUUCUCAUGGCGGGGGAGAAACAGCAGCUCCAAAUCGGAAUCAGCAUCAGACCAGAUCGAGUGUGGAGAGCAGUCUGUAAGAACAGAGUCUGUGAGUAGGUUAAAAGAGGACUCGUCGUCCGAUGAAGACGAUAGCCAUGGUGCUAAGCAGAAUUCUGUGAGCAACCAGCCUGAAGUCCUUCACAGCUCUGGAGGACAUUGCUACAGGAAGACUCUACGUCUGUCCUCAGAACAGCUGGCCAGUCUGAACCUAAAAGAUGGCCCAAAUGAUGUGGUCUUCAGCGUCACCACCCAAUACCAGGGCACCUGCCGCUGUGAGGGCACCAUCUAUCUGUGGAACUGGGAUGACAAGAUAGUCAUUUCAGAUAUCGAUGGCACCAUCACAAGAUCAGACACUCUAGGACACAUUUUGCCAACUCUGGGCAAAGACUGGACCCAUCAAGGCAUUGCCCAACUUUACCACAGAGUCAGUCAGAAUGGCUACAAGUUUAUGUACUGUUCAGCUCGUGCGAUUGGAAUGGCUGACAUGACGAGGGGUUACCUGCACUGGGUUAAUGAAAGAGGUACCAUGCUUCCUAUGGGACCUGUAAUGCUUAGCCCCAGUAGUCUGUUCUCAGCAUUUCACAGGGAGGUCAUUGAAAAGAAGCCAGAAAAGUUUAAAAUUGAAUGUCUGACUGACAUCAAAAACUUGUUCUCUCCAAACACCGAACCCUUUUAUGCUGCUUUUGGAAACAGGGAAACAGACGUUUAUUCUUAUAAAGAGGUGGGAGUGCCUUUGAACAGAAUAUUCACUGUAAAUCCUAAGGGAGAGCUCAUCCAGGAACACGCAAAAACCAACAUAUCAUCGUAUGGACGUCUGUGUGAAGUUGUGGACCAUGUUUUUCCUCCUCUAACCAGAGGGAACACCACUGACUUCCCCUGUUCAGACACCUUCAGCCAGUUUACCUUCUGGAGAGAGCAGCUACCAGAGGUAGACAAGGACAAGCAGGACGAACAAGCCGAGAGCAGUUAAAAGAAUGUAUUCACAAAAACUAAUGUGUGUAGGUAUCCUAACAUGCAAACUGAGCUCUGAUGCUGCACUGACACAGGUAUUACUUUACGCACAAGCAACUUAGCACUUUGCAGACCGCAUAGCAUCCUCUACCUGUUCCUUUAUUACUUUUUCAUCAAUCAUUUAUCUUUUAUGUUUUGUUUUACUGGCAAGAGGCUGAAUCCAGUAUUAAGAAAAUGUUGUAUGUGUGUGCUUUCUGACAACGAUACAAUUAUUUUAAAGUGCCAAAAGCACAGUUUAUUGGUAACAAAAUGAUUACAUUAUGUGUCGUAUAAAAUGUAUCAUUGGCUUUGCACUUGCCCAAGGUUAUAAAGUUUUAUAAGGGAAUGCAUUAAUUUUAGUACACACUUAAAGGCACAAUAUGUAGGAUUUUCACCACUAGAGGUCGCUAUUAUACAAUAACAAAGGCGAAGCUUAAUGACAUUAUGAAGAAGAGUGAAACGAUGGGAGAUGUUGUUUUCACCAUCCAGAGACGUAGGGAAUUCCCUUAUCAUGUUGAUGGAUGAGGUAAUGAAUUGAUGUUUUUUUACCUGUACGUUUGAUCUACAACCGGAAAUUAAGGAUAGCGCGGAUAUUAAGUCACUAAAAGGGCGACAAUUACAAGGGACGAUCUAUUAUUUAACACUCUGGAUUUAAAAAUCCUUGGGAACUUUUGGGAUAAUGUAAGUACGCAACUGCAUUAAAUAAUCACACUGUGCAAAUGGUUUUUGGAAAUGUUAUUACAAAAAUCUUACAUAUUGUGUCUUUAAGGAUAUAACAUGCCGAGAGAUAUUAAGAAAGUUUAUGACAUCUUAUCUUAAGGUUUAUGGUCUUAAAAUAAAAUAAACACAAAGCCAGCACUGCUUUAUCUCAGGUGUAACAGAAUUUACACAAGGUAGAUAAACUUUAAGUGACCUUUUUAUAACAUCUAAGGAUGCAUCGAUAUAUCAGCCUAUAAUUGGUAUCGACAGAUAAAAGCAAUUUCGCACUAUAGGACAUCGGCCGACUGUUAAAAAACACACAAUGAUCAGGGCAGAUUAUCGGUGCAUCCCUAAUAACAUCAAAGUAUUAACUGUGCGGGAUUUAAAUUUUGUUUCGACAUGUAAAUAAUUUUACUAUUAUGUCUAUUUUAUUAUGAACAACAAAUAUAAUAUUAUAAAAUUAUAUUAAUAUCUUUGGAAAACUGUUCAUCUACAGUACAUUUUGCCAAAUGUUUAUUUAUUAGAAGCCUAUUAUGGUGAUUUUGCAUUCCUAUGUUAUAUAUUUGUUUUAUGCAAGAUAUACAUAUCUGUCCAUAUUUAUAUAUGAAUCAUGCAAAAUGUUUAUUUUGUCAUACUUCACACCAUAUAACCACACAGAAGAAAACAAAACAAGCUGAACAAAAUAAUGCAAAAAAUACUCAGGUUAUGAAGUAUUCCCUACUUGCAUUUUUUCCCACCAUAUUAUCCUAUUCUUAUCUUUAAAACAAUUUUCAUACAAAUAUAUCAGAGAAAAAAAAUAUUUUAUAUACAUUUACUGAUGCUUCAUAUAAAAUACUCAGAGGUGCAUGUUAUCAAGGAUUUGUUUAAUUUGAAAAAAAAUAUUGCCAACACCAACAUAACACCUCUCUCCAAAUAGUGUGAUUUUUGUGUAUAAUAUAUAAAAAAUGAAAAUUGAGUGUUUAUUUAAAAAUCUCUAGCGAAAGAAUAAGGGUUUUUAUGAUAUAUCUAACAAAUUAUAAAUAUACUAUUUAUUUAACAUAAGUAUAGGGGUGGUUUCCGGGCAGGGUUUAGAUUAAUCCAGGACUAUAUUAGGACAUUUAAAGGGAUAGUUCACUCAAAGAUGAAAAUAAUGUCAUUAAUGACUCACCCUCAUGUCAUUCCAAACUCGUAAGAACGUUCAUCUUUGGAAACACAGUUUAAGAUGUUUUAUAUUUAGUUCAAGAGCUUGUUGACCCUUCAUUGAAAAUCUACAUGCGGUAUAAUGUCCAUGUCCAGAAAGGUAAUUAAAACAUCAUCAAAGUAGUCCAUGUGACAUCAGUGGGUCAGUUAGAAUGUGUUGUAGCAUCGAAAUACAUUUUGGUCCAAAAAUAACAAAAAUUACAACUUUAUUCAGCAUUGUCUUCUCUUCCGCGUCUGUUGUGACGCUACUGACGUGUUAUCUGGUGCGCCCCAGCUGUUUUUUGUGUUUUUUCUUCGUUUACAGUCUGAGGGAGACACGCUGAAAGUUUGGAAAAAAACUUUGCAAACAUGUCUGAGGAUAACACUGCAGUCACGUGACUUUAGUCUCGCUCAUGCGCUUCACAACAGACGCGGAAGAGAAAACAAUGCUGAAUAAAAGUCGUAAUUUUUGUUAUUUUUUUGGACCAAAAUGUAUUUAUUGAUGCUUCAACACAUUCUAACUGACCCAUUGAUGUCACAUGGACUACUUUGAUGACGUUGUUAUUACCUUUCUGGACAUGGACAGUAUAUCGUAGAUUUUCAAUGAAGGGUCAACAAGCUCUCGGACUAAAUAUAAAAGAUCUUAAACUUUGUUCUGAAGAUGAACGGAGGUCUUACGAGUUUGGAACAACCUUACAAAAAACAAUACUUUUCUGCAUUUUGAGACAAAACAAUGGCUCUGAUAUAUGUUAGGAUAUAUCAGUACAAGGUGUUUUAACGGAAGCUCAAACAUGCAUUUUAGGCUGCGACUAGGAUAAGCCCUAUCCAGGAAACUGCCCCUUAGUGUUUUCUCAAGGUUUUUCAUUGUUAUUAAGGUGCACACUGAACUAGUAUUGAUGUGAGAUGAAUGAUUAAGGGCUUACUGUUAAAGCUCAUUAAAGCCUAGCUGAUUUAAACAAAACCCUACAAAAAGUCUACAAAAUAACAUGUUUGUGAUAUAGAUGUAUGCAACAUAAAAAUGCAAUUUAUAUGGAUGGCGUUUGGUUCAGUCUGCGACACAGACUUGCUCUCUUGGGAAAUUGACAGGGGCUUGCUUCAGAUAACACUGUGAAUAAUCAGAUUGCAUCACUGUAGAUUCAUUCUGGUCUUUCUUUCUGGUUACAGUCUUACGUUACGUUACUUAACCACAUUAUUCAGUCUAAUUUAAACAAGUUCUGAUAAGCUAAUUAAUGUAAGAAUGUUAUCCCCCUUGAUUGCAACAGGUUUCCUGUUAAUAUAACCAACAACCAUAAUGUUUAGUUGGGUAUUUGAAACCGAUUUUGUCUCUAUAUUCUUUCUGUGAAAGAUCUUGUUGCCUACGUUUUUGGCAGUUGAGUUGGUGUUUUAUUAUGUUAAGUGCUAAGGUGUGUAAACUGGUGUUGUGUUUAUAUUUAAAAAAAUGCCAAAUCUGUAAAUUAAAAUCGUACUAAAUGUUCUCAAAACCAA